GGGCGCUGAGGCGGGCGGAUGGCGGAGUCCGGGCCGCAGCCGCCGGGGGGCGGCCCCAGCCGGCACGAGAAGAGCCUGGGGCUGCUCACCACCAAGUUCGUCUCGCUGCUGCAGGAGGCCAAGGACGGCGUGCUCGACCUCAAGCUGGCAGCAGACACCCUGGCAGUGCGGCAGAAGAGGCGCAUCUAUGAUAUCACAAACGUCCUGGAGGGCAUCGGGCUGAUCGAGAAGAAGUCUAAGAACAGUAUCCAGUGGAAAGGCGUGGGCCCGGGCUGCAACACCCGCGAGAUCGCCCACAAACUGAUCGAGCUGAAGGCCGAGAUCGAGGACCUGGAGCAGCGGGAGCGAGAGCUGGAGCAGCAGAAAAUGUGGGUGCAGCAGAGCAUCAGAAACGUUUCAGACGACGUCCAAAACAACAGGUUAGCCUAUGUGACUGAUGAGGACCUCUGCAAAUGCUUUGCAGGUGACACGUUGCUAGCCAUUCGUGCCCCAUCGGGUACUCAGCUGGAAGUUCCCGUUCCCGAGGGCUUGAACGGGCAGAAGAAAUACCAGAUCCAUCUGAAAAGUACAAGUGGUCCAAUUGACGUCCUGCUAGUCAAUAAGGAUGUCUGGAGCUCCCCUCCAGUAGUACUACCUGUCCCUCCCCCAGAAGACCUUAUCCAGUGCCAGCCAAUCACUCCUUCCAAGCCCCAUUCCCAAGAGGCGUCCCUCCCCAGCGGUGCCCACCUUUCCGCACCUGGGCCCAACAGCGUUCAGGACCAGAGCCCCGCUGCUCAGAAAAUAUCCAGCGCCGCAGACAGCGGCAUCUCGACAGCAGAAUCCAGAAGCAGCAGGGAGCUGGACUCGCUUACCCCUUCGACAGCGCCCACCAGCCCUCCCGCUGGGCUAGACACGCAGCCCCUCCAGUCCUCCGCCUUGCUGGACAGCAGCUCCGUCCUGCCCAGUCCCUCAUCCUCCUUUGAGCCAAUCAAACCAGCCCCCACAGAAAUACUGGAGCUUCCCAAAGAGCUUUCAGAGAUGUUCGAUCCAACGAGAGAAUGCAUGAAUCCUGAGCUGCUUGAGGAGCUGAUGUCCUCUGAAGUGUUUGCUCCCCUGCUGCGCCUCUCCCCCCCUCCCGGCGAUCAUGACUACAUCUACAACCUGGACGAGAGCGAAGGGGUGUGUGACCUGUUUGACGUGCCGAUCCUCAACCUCUGACUCUUGGCAUGCCAUCUGGAUGGACUUUGGGAUGCGCCGACGCAUAGAUUUUUUAAAUAAAGGACA